AAUAAAUUUUGUCCUUGAAAAAUGUUUUCGACCGCAGAAUGGUCAUUUUGCCAUUGUCUACAGUGGGCUGCUCAAUUUUUCGAAUUAAACCGUGUAAAUUUCCCUUCACCCGAAAAUGGAUAUGGACGAAAAGGAAAUAACGAUAAUAGAUGUAUGUAAAUUGAUAGCAUAUGAUACAAAAAUGCGAGUGACAGUCGAAAGAGAUGUCAUCUGGAGGGGAAUGGUGAUUAUAGUGAUCACAAUUAUGGGAUUAUUUGUGGCAGGAGUUUAUGGUGGACUAGCAGGUUUCUGGAUUGGAUUGGUUUAUAGAAGCGCGUUGGACUUGACCCUGGAUUCUGCUGGUUCUGUAAUAGGAUCUCAUUUUACUGUAGAGCAAAAAAAGAAAUUGUACAAACACAUGGAGGGAUACUUCGCUACAAUUCCGCCUGCAGAUGCGUUCGAUACUUUCAAACAUAUCACACGAAAAGCCAGAGUGAAAUCACGAGUGUUAUAUCUUCUGGAUUACUUUUUCAAAAACGAAAUGAAAUGUACGGUUUAUUAUAGUUUCAACAGAAACAAGUUUCCUAAACCUUGAAAAUGCAUUUACUUAUAACUUAGGUUUCAAAUUGUGUUGGUGGUUUUCAUUUUUAUAAUAUAUAGUGCGUGAAAGAA